ACACCUCCGUUUCAAAGGCAGCCAACCAGCAGUCGGACUACAAACACACGCUUUCAUUGAGAAAACUCCACAAAACCACGCAAACUUCCUAACGCGCCGCCGGAAAGCCGCUGCAAGUGCGACUCGGAGGCCGCUGCUCAGUGGGACGCGAAGGAGCGUGUGUAUUUUUCUCUGAGGUGAAGAAGAGGGUCUGAAGCGAUCAUAAUUAUGGCGACCGCAACCCCGAGCCGCGCGUCGGCCGCCCAGACGCCGCUGAGCCCCGCGCGGAUCUCCCGCCUGCAAGAGAAAGAGGAGCUGCGGGCGCUCAACGACCGCCUGGCCGUGUACAUCGACCGCGUGCGCGCGCUGGAGCUCGAGAACGACCGGCUGCAGUUUAAAGUGUCCGAGAAGGAGGAAGUCACGACCAGAGAGGUGUCUGGGAUCAAGUCUCUAUAUGAGGCUGAACUGGCCGAUGCUCGCCGUGUGCUGGACGAAACGGCUCGCGAGCGCGCUAAACUUCAGAUCGAGCUGGGAAAAGUCAACUCUGAGCUUGAGGAGGUCACGCGCAACUAUAAGAAGAAGGAUGGCGAUCUGGCUGCGGCUCUGGUGCGCAUUAAGGAUCUGGAAGCGCAGUAUAAUAAGAACGAAGCUGCGCUGAACACGGCGCUGAGCGAGAACGCCUCUCUGAGCGCUGAACUGGCUGAUCUCAAGGCUCAACUCGCCAAGGCUGAAGAUGCUCAUGGAGUGGCGAAGAAGCAGCUGGAGGUGGAGACUCUGAUGAGGGUGGACCUGGAGAACCGCUGCCAGAGCCUGACGGAGGAGCUGGAGUUUAGGAAAAGCAUGUUUGAUGAGGAGGUGCGCGAGACGCGGCGGCGUCAUGAGAAGCGUAUGGUUGAGGUGGACUCCGGCAUGCAGCAGGACUAUGAGUUCAAGCUGUCGCAGGCGCUGCAGGAUCUGCGCAAACAACACGAGGAGCAGGUGCAGAUCUACAAGGAGGAGCUCCAGCACACCUUCAAGGCCAAGCUGGAUAAUGCCAAGGUGUCUUCUGACCUGAAUGAUAAAGCGGUGCUGACGGCGCGUGAGGAGCUGCAGGAGGCUCAUGUGAGGAUCGAGGGUUUGAGUUAUCAGCUCAGCGCCCUGCAGAAACAGGCGUCCGCCGCUGAGGAGCGCAUCCGCGAGCUGGAGGGCCUGCUGUCCAGUGACCGGGACAAAUACCGCCGCCAGCUGGACGCUAAAGAGCGCGAGAUGGCAGAGAUGAGGGAGUGCAUGCAGCAGCAGCUCAACGAGUACCAGGAGCUGCUGGACGUCAAACUGGCCCUGGACAUGGAGAUCAACGCCUACAGGAAACUGCUGGAGGGAGAGGAGGACAGGCUCAAGCUGUCUCCCAGUCCGUCCUCAAGGGUGACGGUGUCCCGCACCACAGCGAGCAGCACCUCUGCGUCCUCACGGAGCUCUCGUGCCAAGAGGAAGCGUGUGGAGCUGGAGGAGUCAUCCACCGCCGGCCCCAAAGUGCAGAUCAGUCAGCAGGCUGAAGCCAGCGGCAGCGUCAGCAUUGAGGAGAUCGACCUCGAGGGCAAAUCUGUGACCCUCAGGAACAACUCUGACAAGGAUCAGUCUCUGGGCAGCUGGCGACUAAAGAGACAAAUUGGAGACGGAGAGGAAAUUGUCUAUAAAUUCAGCCCCAAGUUUGUCCUGAAGGCCGGUCAGACAGUUACGGUGUGGAGCGCUGAUGCUGGCAUGUCCCAUAGUCCUCCUUCAGACCUGCUGUGGAAGAGCCAGAGCUCCUGGGGAACCGGAGAAAACAUCCUCACCCUAUUGGUCAAUUCAAGCGGAGAGGACGUGGCGAAGCGAACCGUCACAAAAAGCGUGAUAGAAAUGGAGAAUGGUGACGAUGAGGAGGGAGACUUUGGAGAUGAAGACCUUUUCCAUCAGCAGGGCGAUCCAAAGACUCAAAGAGCCAGAGAAUGUGCAGUGAUGUGAUGGAGCCGCGCACCUUUUAGUAUUUCCCUUUCCCACCAGUCAGUCUUUUUGUAGAGCCACUACUUUUUGUAUUCUUUGAUCAUGAGCGCAUAACAACCCUCCCUCAAUCCUUUAUUUUCUACACGGACCUCAUUUGUAAAGCCAGUUAAUCUUGAGCUGUUUCUCAGCUCCUCAAUAAUAGUCUUUCCAGACAGCAAGAGUGAGGGAAACAUCCCAUAAUGCAACGCCAUCGGAGAAAAGUCAAAUGACCUGAAAUUAGAGAGUAUUUGUGCGUGCCGGUGACUAAAGAAUCUGCGUGUUCAUUGGUCACUGCGGGGUUAUGAAUGGGUGAAUUGUGUUCUGUAGUGCACUAUAUAGCCUGUAACUGACAGCUGUCGCUUUAGCACACCCCUUGUUUUCGCUUUGCUAACCAGAUGAACAGGGUGGAAACAUUUACAGGAUUACUUAUAAAACAUUUAGGGCUCUGACACGAUUUGCGGUGUUUGAUUUAUGCUUUACGUAGUGUUAUUUGUGUUUAAAUCAGUGAUUUCUUUUUUUUUUUUUUUUAUGUCAAUAGACCCCAUCAUAACCUUAAUAGCUGAAGAGUGUUCAUUUGAAUGUUUGCUAGCUAAUGAGCCACCAGAACGGUACUUUGAGUAUAGUGUCAAAAGAUGGAAUGGAUCUGGAUAAGCUACUCUAUUCAGUAUUUUAAAGUUUGAAUAUUCUGAAAACUGUUUGAAUAUUUAAAGGUGCGAAGUAUUUUAUAGUUGAGAAAGCUAUUUGAAUAUUAAAUUUGACUAUUCAAUAAAUGCUUUAAAUAUUGUUAAUAUUCCAAAAUCUGUCUGAAUAAUCGGUAAAAACUGUUUGGAUAUUCUAUAAAAGCUGUUUGAAUAUGCUAAAACCAAUUUGAAUAUUCUAAAAACAGUUAUUUGAAUACUCUGAAAACAUUUUGGAUAUUAAAGAGCUGUUUGAAAGUUGAAAAACAAUUUGAAUGUUGCUAAAAGUAUUUGAAUAUUACAAUUUGUUAAUAUUCCUAAAACAGUUUGAAUAUUCUAAAAGAUUUUGAGUAUCCAAACAAAUAAUUAGAAUCUUAAAAAACAGUCUGAAUAUUCCAGAAACUAUUUGAAUAUUUUUGUUUUAAUUUUCAAAAAAUUAUCAAUCCAAAUAUUCUAAAAACAGUUUGAUUAUUAAAAAGUUUAUUGUAAUAUUCUGAAAACAUUUUGAAUAUUUAAGGGCUGUUUAAAAAUCAUUCAAGUACUAAACGUUUGACUUGAAAAACGUAUUUUUUUAAUAAAAUCUGUUAAUAUUCCCAAAUAGCAGUUUGAAUAUUCUAAAACAAUUUGAAUAUUAAUAAAAACUGUUUGUAUGUUCUAAAAAAAUUGAAUAUUGCUAAAAUUAAAUAUAAAAAACAAGUUAAAUAAUAAACUUUGAAUAUUUAAACUUGCAAUAAUAACAAAGUAGUCUUAAUAUUUUUAAAAAUGUGAAUAUUACAAAGUUUGAGUACUCUAAAAACAAUCUGAAUAUUUCAGUAUACAAUGUUAAUAUUCUAAAAAAAAACUAUUUGAAUAUUCAAAAAAUAAUUAAAAAUUCUAAAAAACUGUUUAAAUACCAUAAAAACAAUCUUAUUAUUCUAAAACUGUCUGAAUAUUCUAUUAAAACAGUUUGAAUAUUCAAUAAUUGUUGUUUCGAUAAUCAUUAAACGCUGUUUGAAUAUGCUAAAACCAAUUUAAAUAUUCGGAAAAAUUCUGAAUAUUCUAAAAACUAUUUGAGUAUUUACAAACUAUCCAUAUAUAUAUAUAUAUAUAUAUAUAUAUAUAUAUAUAUAUAUAUAUAUAUAUAUAUAUAUAUAUACUUCCUGACUAUUCCAUAAAAAGUUUAAAUACCCUAAACCCAAUUUGAAUAUUUUAAAAACGGCUUAUUUGAAUACUCAGAACACUUUCCGUUUAUGUGAAUGUAUUGCUGAAUGUUAAAUAUGGUUGACCCUACAGCUUGAUCAGUUUCGCACUCACUCUUAAUUCUGACCAUAAUCGACACACUUUUGCAAUAAGAUCACAUCACACGGGCAGAUUAACCAAAGAAAUGGACGAUGGAAUGAAACCAAUUAGACCUUUUGUUUUUUCUUUUGUUAUUUUCAUUGCUAGCAUUGAUUCUAGCAAAGCACUCCAACAAAACAUAAAGCCCAUAUUUUAGCUGAGGAAUCUAGCGAGUAACCUGUGUACAUCCACCCUGUUGAUUCUGUCGCAUUUUAAGUUUUACAGUUUGUUAGUUUUUUUAUUAUUAUUAUUAUUAUUAAAAUGUUUCUCAGACAAUUAUGCAUGCUGCAAAUAUUUUUAUACGAAUAAAUAAACUGAUCCGUGAGUUGUCCUCUGAGCGCUAGGGUUGGUUUGUCAAUUUUCACGACUGCUGCAUAACAAUGCAGUUUGGUUUUUAGCUACAAUCGUAUAUAUUUUUGAUAGGUUUUUUCCUCAGGAUUUUUAAAAACCCUAGUGCGCAACCUACGUUUUAAAUACGUUUGUGAAUAUAUUCGAGUGCAGUGUGCACAAGCAAACAACAAAAAUUGGACUGGGAAACAUUUUCGUUUUGUUUUUAAGGUUAUGCAGUGCGGAACUAUUUUCUUAUGUUAAUGGGGUAUCGUAAUCUACAUGUUUACUUAUUAGGAGUUUACUUCUGAUGGCUCUGAGAACGGACUGCCUCAUAGUUUAUCAAGAGUCAAUUGAGUCAAAUUUAAGCGAAAUUUAGCUUGUAUUUGUGUACAUUUGUUACUUAGCUUCUGGCUAAUAAAAUCUACCUUUUAGCUUGUUUUUAAAACUUCAUGGUUUCGUUUGCCAAACACUCCACAUCUGUGAAUUGUUCUUACUCUCUUUAAUUCAUCGAUUUAGUUGCGAGCACUGUUUUUUCGUGAGGAAAUGACCUUCCUCGUUCUUUCAGGUUUUAUUAGACCAGAGCUGUGACUAAUGUAACGGAUAUAUUGGUAUAUCUGAUGAGAAAUGAUCAGUAAUCUACUGUAAAGUGUAAAUUCUGCCAUCAGAAAGCACAGAAAUGUGAUUCAAGGCUGCCGCAGUUGGAGCCGUAAAUUGUGAACUCUGAAUAAAUGUGUUAUGUGGGUAAAAGUGAGGACUUUUUGAAGGGCUAAAGGAGAAGGGCGCAUGCCAAAAGUGUCUCAUUGUGAUUUGUUUUACUUUCUAUUUGUCUUUUUUUUUUUUUGUAUGCAAUAUCCAAUAAAUGUUUUACAUAUUAA